GUUACUGCACACUUGUGGAAUAAGCACAGUAUCCCUCUAGCCGAGCGCUUAGGACUUCCAGAGCAUAUACGCGAUCACUACUCUUCAGGCUUCCGCAAUCCUACAGAGGCAGCUCUGCCGCCGUCUAGAUCCAGGCCCCAUCCGCAUCUCCUGACCUACGAUGGCUUCAGCUGCCGCAAAUGCGUCUUCUUGACAAUAAGCUUCCAUGAGCUUACGAGGCAUAUCUCGCAGAGCCACCUCGACGGGCAAACCGCGACCCGACCGCGGAUUGGCCUACUCUACGACGAUGUCUACCUACAGUCUUGGGGAGGCGGCCCGAAUCGACGAUAUUGGACUGUAACCGAUGCAGAUGGGAAAACAGGUCGUCUAGUCCCUGGCCGC